UAUAUCUAUAUAUAAGAGCCUCCAUCCUAAACCGGAUGAAUUUCAUCCGCUCGCUGGUCUGUCAUUCAAAUCGCCGGCAGCUCUGUUGUUCCUGCUCCAAAGAUGAAACUCAACCUAAUUCUUCUCUGCUGGUCUCUGUGGAUGACCUCGGCCCUCACAACGCACGGGCCAGUUUCGGACUGCUGUCCUGGCUUGUCCAACACCACAGUUAGCCUGAAUCGAAUCAAGAGUUACGUUAUUCAGUCCGUGGGCGCCUGCUCCUUCAAGGCAGUAGUGUUUUACACUCACGGCCGCAAAAGAAUUUGCGCAGACCCCAACAGUUGUUGGACUCAGAGAGCCAUGUUCAAAGUGGAUGGCCGAGCAUUGCGGCGGAAGGAAGAAAGCAACGACAAAUCCACGGGGGCCAGUGGGACGACUGUACCGUGCACCCUGUCAAGAAAUUCACACGGGAGGAAACGUCGGAGGGGAAAGCUGUUAGGAAUGAAAAAAGGCAAGACGCGGGUGUAGAUAUAUUUGAACAAAUGUCCUAAAUAAAUGUGCUUUAACAAUGA